AUGGACGACGGCAUUGACACUGAUAUCUUUGAUGAACUGCGGCGAUCAACGUAUAUUGAUGGACUGAGAUGCACGCCCAAACCGGCUCUGGUGAUUGAGAUUUACAAAUCGGUGGUCGGCCCCCCCUAUGUCCUGGCUACCAAGAGAACACCAGGGGAGCUCGACGAGUGGAUCAACAAGAUGGGUUCUCCAAGUCCGGUCUUCGCCUUAUGUAUGCCCAUGAUCCUGAGCCAAUUCUGUGUCGAAUCGAGCAAGCUGACGGUCGUUAGUAUUGGGGGUGCUCGGGACGCAGAACCCAGGUCUGUGAUGAAGGAGUGGCGGAGACGGCGAGUAUCGGGACCACCGGGAGGACCACCACUACCGGGAGGACCACUACCACCAGGAGUGCCACCACCGCCAGGAGUGCUACCACCGCCAGGAGUGCCACCACCGCCAGGAGUGCCACCACCACGCAUGGGACCGCAAGUACCACGACCUAGCCCACAAUCCCUGUUAUACUUUUACCCACCGGAUGGACUUCCAGCAUUAACCCCGGCUGCUGGAAUACCAGCUCCAGUCCCCCCUCCCCUGGUACCUUCCCCUCCAAUACCUGAAGGCGGCGACCGCUCAUGGCCUCAUGAUUUGCAAAAUCUAGACUGGGCUCGACACGGCGGAAUAAACUUGAAUAUACCCUUCUCUGCCGAUACCCUACAUCGCAUCACAUCUUCAUUCGCCCUGCCAUCCUCAACGCUUUGGCUCUGCCAGUCACACAACACCCAUCUCAAAACAUAUCGCACGCGUCGCUCUGUCAUUGGGCUCACGGCGCGGUACUUUUACGUGGAGGCUUCUGAUGUAGCUCUCUCCAUGUCCUACUGCCCACAGACGGAUAUCACCACGGCCCUGAUGAUCGGCCCCACCGUCCGACAGACCGAGUUCCUCCGCGCCGAGCUCUCCAGACUGGCUCGGGUCGCCCAUCACCCGGCGUUGGUGCCGACCCUCAUGGCAGACUGCCUACGCGACGUGCUGGGUCGCCGCGUCGAUGUUUGUAUGAUGGCCACCGGGCUGAUAGAAACGGAAUGGAUGCACAUGAGGCCCAUGCCGUCGGGGCGGGAUGUGGUGAACGUCAGCGCGCGGGCUGUGGACAACGCCCGGGACCUCGGCAUCAUCGAGACGGAUCUGGAGAUGUUGGAGGCGCAGGUGGCCGGGACCGUGGAUUUUGUUCAGCUCACAUCGGAUGCCAGUCCGCGGUCGGAGAAGGGCAAGGAGAAGUCGCGGGCCGACAUGCUCGAGAUCGGGCUCAUACUCGAGGAGAGGUUGAACUUUGUGUCGAGCACGAUCACGCACCCGCGCCUGCGGGCCCGCAUGUACAAGGAGCGUACCCUAUCCAUACUCUCGGCGGCACUCUUCUCGACAUCGUUCAUGGCCGCGGCGAACCCCCCUCAGUGGACGUUCUGGGCUACCGUUGUGCCCCUGACCGCGGCGAUCCUUGCCGGGAUCGUCACCUGGCGGUUGUGGACGCCUCCCAGCUGGCUCAGGCGCUGGCCCGACAUGGCCUACUGGAUGAGACGGCUCAAGCGUAAGCUGCGGCGCAGGUUUAGGCUCAACGACGAUGCAUCCAGCACGACCUCCGGAUCCACCUCGCUGGUCGAAGAUGAUUGA